AUGAAAGCGCACCCUAGAAGAGCAUUAGAGCGAAGAUUUGCCGUUGCUAAAGCUGAGCUUUUUCAACAACAGAAGAAGAAAAAUAAUACAUUUGUUGAGGAAGAUGAAAAAGGAACUCCUAGCAGUAUCGUAACUCCCUCCAUUUUCUCAUCAAAGAAAGGAAAUUUACCUUUCUCGGGUCCCUCUAGUCAGCAAGAUGUUGAAGAAAAUGGUGAAGUGUAUUCCAAACUUUCGGAACCUAUACACGAGAAUUUGCUAUCUACUAAUUCCAAGUUUUCCAACAAAAAAGGAAGCAUGGCUGAUAAGAUAUUGCAUGAGCUUCUUCAAGGUGGGGAUUUAGCUCAAAAAUACAUGCAAGGAUCUAGAAGCAUCAAAUUUGACAAUCGGAUCCUUCUUGAUAAUUUCGUGAAAGGGCGAGUUAUGUCUACCGGCUCUCAGAUCAGGGCUUUGAAGGCCCACUCUAAGCGCUCUAAAAGACAUAUGUUGAUGAAGCAACUUAAGAAAUCAGGAGUACUUAAACUGCCUCAAGAUAAUCAAAAGUUUGAUACAUUUAAACCAAUGCAUGAAAUGUGGAAAGGCUACAUGAGUCAACUUCUUAAAACUACUGGGAAAAAUCUGCUGGUUCAAUGUAUUAUUGGUGCGGAUCUACAUGGUGCCCUCAUUCUAGUGACCGAGUGCAAGGUAACUAGUUUCACUGGAGUGAGUGGCAUUAUGAUUCGUGAAACUGUGGAAACAUUUGGUAUUAUAACCCGGGACAAUAAAUUCAAAGUUGUGCCCAAAAAGUUAUCAAUCUUCAUAUUCCAAGUUGAAUGCUGGAAAAUUGCAUUACAAGGUGAUAAACUCACUUCGAGAAAUUUGGGUUUGUGA